CGACGAUGUCAGAAAAGCGAGCGAUAGCAACGUUGACUGGCGCGGUGUUCCUUUCGGCAUUGACCAUAUGGGCUGUUCAUUUCCAGCAACACCAAGAACGAGAGACGAUGUACAAAGGUGUUCUCCGGGAUGAUCAGCGAAGACAAGAAAAGAUGCGACAGAGAGAGGAAGAUUUUGCAAACUCGCAACGGAAACGUGAACUGUAUGAGCGUGUCCAAACAGUGGAAAGGGCAUCGGAAGGGCCAAUCUGAGGUUCGCAACGGGUGGCCAUCGUUUCCGACUACGACCAGGCAGAUAUACCCAAGAAUUUAACGGUCGAUUUAAUGGUCGCUAUAUCCAAUUUCUAUCUAUAAUGACUGGAUGAAUAACGGGUUUUAAAUCUUGGAUGCAGUAACAGUUAUAAGCAAGACAGGAUGAUUCUCAUUUCCAACCACUUCCCCACUCAUUUACCAGCUUCUUUACCUUCCUGUAAGUCAAGGUCGAGGGCGAAAUAUCAUCUGCGCCAUCCCGAUGCGCCCGAUC